AACAUGGCGGCUUGCUCCGCGACUGCAGCUGUCAGAUGCUCAGUGAAUAUAUUUGUUAGAGACACAGUUUUUACCUCAACGAACAUUUGUCGGCUGUCUUCUAGUUACAGGGGAAAAGGUUACACCAGUUGGAGGACGUGCAGUUCAUUCACACCAUCCUGCUCCUCUGAGUCCUCAGCUGCAGAUGUGAUUGAGCACUAUGACCGCCUCGUCCGCUGUGGCUCCCUGAGGGAAGAUGCUCAGCAGCGAUACGUCCUCCAGCGGCUGACUCAGCUGCAACAUAUCCUGAAUAUGUACAGUAACAGCAAGUACCUGAGCUCACCUCCUCCAAAACCGCACACAAAGGAUGACAACAGUAAACCUCAGAGGGAUGAAGAGGCCCACGAUACCACAGCUGGAAACGGAGGUGGUGAACUGGUUGCUGAGGUAACAGAGGACAAGUCUAAUCCAAGACCACCCAAAGGCUUCUAUAUAUAUGGCGAUGUUGGCACAGGGAAGACCAUGCUGAUGGAUUUGUUUUAUUCCUAUGUGGGAAACACCCAUAAAAAGAGAGUCCACUUCAACGGCUUCAUGUUGGACAUCCACAAAAGGAUCCAUUGGAGGAAACAAAGCCUGCCAAAACGAACGCUAGGGAAGAUGUUCACCUAUGACCCCAUAUCGCCGGUUGCCAUGGAGAUCGGCAACGAAACCUGCCUGUUGUGUUUUGACGAGUUUCAGGUGACCGACGUUGCUGAUGCCAUGAUCCUGAAGCAGCUGUUUGAGACGCUGUUUAAGACCGGAGUGGUGGUGGUGGCCACCUCCAACAGACCUCCUGAUGAUCUGUACAAAAACGGACUUCAGAGAGAUACCUUCCUACCUUUCAUCGACGUGCUGAAGGAGUAUUGCCACACCGUCAGCCUAAAUGGUGGGAUUGACUACAGGAGGCUGGACAAGGCUACAUCGGGGAAACUGUAUUACCUUGCAGAGGAGCCUGGUGCGGAGGUUUUCCUGGAUGAACUGUUUAAGGAGCUGGCUUCAACACAAAAGAGUGUUACAGGUCCUCGGAUGCUCUCAGUGCUGGGCAGAGAUGUGACUCUGAACAAGACCUGCGGCUCGAUCGCCGACUGUACUUUUGACGAACUGUGUGGCCAACCCCUCGGCGCCAGUGACUACCUCGAAAUAGCUCGGCUCUUUGACACGGUCUUCAUUCGCCACGUCCCGGUGCUGACGCUGACGCUGAAGGACCAGGUCAGACGCUUCACCACCCUCAUCGACAACUUCUACGACAAAAAGGUGAGAGUGGUGCUGCUGGCCGCAGCUCCUUUACACCGGCUGUUUGUCCAUUCUGGAGGGGAAGAUGAGAAGGACCGACAGCUGCUGGAUGACCUGGGCCUCAGUGGGGAGGCAGCCCAGCGUCUGACUCUGUUCACGGCCGAGGAGGAGAUCUUUGCCUUCCAGAGGACGGUGUCCAGACUGACAGAGAUGCAAACCGAGCCGUACUGGAAGGCGGGAGACCGCCGUCACGGCUCCGAACACACAUGAACACCUAUCUAACAUCUAAUCCCGCCUGCCAGGAUAAUUAUAUACCUCCGAACAAUAUGUGUACCUCACUAACUACUGACGCUGCACAAGCAAAAGCUCCUGUUUAGCAGAAACAGAAAAGAUCAAGUCUAUUUUGGGCAGCCGACGCUAAAUGGUUUCAGGAAUAAGCAGUAAUUUACUCAAAUACAUCUAGGGGAAAGGCCUGAUAUCAGUGUUAAUAUAUAACUAUGUAAAUGUUUACUUUGGGAAGUGACUUUAUGUCUUUUUUGCUCUUAGAUCCUACACUGUGAAGGGUUCACUCCUCGUCUCCUUAUGAUUUAUUUAUUAUUAAUACCACAGCAAGGAAAGCUCUCUAACAUGUGUGAAAUCUGUUUUAUCAGGGAGAGUGAGACAGUCAACUGUUCUGCUCGGCAGUUGUCUACCGCCAUCUGGUGGUCCAUGUGAAAAUCAGUACACCAGUCUCUGUGCAGCUCAGAAUUAAACCAUGUCCAUGAAUUUAACAGGCUGUAUGUGAUAUUGGUGCACAUAUUUUAAUGAUUUAAUUAAGAAUUCUGUUUUUGGGGACCGCUAUGUUCAGACUUGUAUCUUAUGUAGAGCUUUUCCUGUAGGUGGUUUGACAACAGAUGCUAUUUCUGUCAGUGUGCUUUGUUUGCAUUGGUAGAGGAAAUGUGGGUUAAAAUGAGUGUAAUAAAGUGUUCAAGAUGAGCCGUACUUGUCGUUA